GCGACCGCGGGGGCUGGAGGAGGCCAAGGAGCGGCCCCGAGUCCCUCGCUCGGCCCCCCGUGUCCCAGCCCCCUGCUUCGGGCCCGGGCUGGAAGGCGGGACUUGGGGAACUGGCCCGGCGCCGGCGCCGCCGCCGCCUCCCUAAUUGCUCACUGGCCGGCGUGGUGGGGCGCCCAGACGCGGCUUCGAGGCGGCCCGGGUCAAGUGUGGCCGAGACGCUGGCACCCCAGCGGCGGCCCCACCUGAGGACCAUCCCACCGGCGCGCCCAGAACCAGCCGUUGGGGCGCAGGCUUCAAGCCCUCCCCCAUUCUCGGGGACCUGACCCCGGGGUCACGUUGAGGGUCCUCGCCCCCGGGCUGCCUGAAGGCGACCCCUCCCUGUCCCCACGGCCCCGAUGAGGGAACCAGCUCACAAUUCCAGAUGUGCCGUCGGGCUGUCCCUGCCUGGAGGGGCCCCUUCUCUCCUCCUUCCCCGAGCACCCGCAACUUGGAAGGCCUCGGAUUCCGGUCUGGAGCCAAAAGAAGGGCUGAACUCGGAGAACCUCUCUUUGCCUCCAAAGUCCCGGGCCGAUGUCCCAGGUGAGUGGCCAGCGCCCCCCUCAUUGCGACGCGCCCCAUGGAGCCCCCAGCGCAGCCCCGGGCCCAGCCCAGAUCCCAUCCCUCCUGCCUGGGCUAGAGGUAGUAACCGGAUCCACUCACCCUGUGGAGGCAGCGCUAGAGGAAGGCUCCCUGGAGGAAGCGGCACCCCCCAUGCCCCAAGGCAAUGGCCCUGGGGCCCUUCAGCCCCUGGACAGUACUGACCUCGAUGUCCCCACAGAAGCUGUGACAUGCCAGCCUCAGGGGAACCCCUUGAGCUGCACCCCACUAGUGGCGAAUGGCUCAGGCCACCCCUCAGAGCUGGGCAGCGCCAGGCGGGCGGGGAAUGGUGCCCUAGGUGGCCCCAAGGCCCACCGGAAGUUGCAGACGCACCCAUCUCUCGCCAGUCAGGCCAGCAGGAAGAGCAAGGGCAGCACCAAAUCUACUGCCUCCCAGAUCCCCCUCCAGGCGCAGGAAGACUGCUGCGUCCACUGCAUUCUGUCCUGCCUGUUCUGCGAGUUCCUGACGCUGUGCAACAUCGUCUUGGACUGCGCCACGUGCGGCUCCUGCAGCUCCGAGGACUCGUGCCUCUGCUGCUGCUGUUGCGGCUCGGGCGAGUGCGCCGACUGCGACCUGCCCUGCGACCUGGACUGCGGCAUCGUGGACGCCUGCUGCGAGUCCGCCGACUGCCUGGAGAUCUGCAUGGAGUGCUGCGGGCUCUGCUUCUCCUCCUGACCGCCGCCGCCCCUGCAGCGCCCCUCGCGCGGUGGCCCCGGAGGUGGGGGAGGUGGGGAGGGGGGCGGG